GUUGCUGCUGCUGCCGGCCACUGAGCUGCUGAGUAUCACCCCUCAUAGUAAGGGGCCGCCGACUNNNNUCUUUAAUUUUAUUACGCCCCGCGGUCCAGAAAGGACUUACUAUUGUUCAAAUAGGCGUGGAAAGUAG